AUGGUCCGUCCCGGUCCGCCGAGAGUGAGAGAGCGCGAACGAGGACAGGCUUCGGUGAAUCAGAAGAGACGUGACGAUGACGCCAGCAUCAACUUCCGACGCUUCAAGAGCGGCUUGCGUCGGCCGACUUUCGCACCCUUGGACGGAGGCGAAGAACCCCCUAAGCAGGGUCGCAACGGAUGCGCUGGCACGGGACAUGGUUUAUCAAAAAAAAAAAGGUUGCAGGGCGCAGACCUACCUGGCGCGAUCGGCUUCUACAGCACGAUAGAGGAUCAGCGAAUGCUGAUCGGAGCGGAGGAGCAAAGCAGUGAUGCGACUGUGGUAGGGAAGCAAUGUUAG